GGUGGGAUCACAUCCUAUCUUGCUAUAACAGUGAGAGCGCACACAGCCUCCGUGCUCUAGUGGUGGCUUCCAACAUGGUUUGGAGGCAGAGGAGAGAGUCUGUAAGCCCUCCAUGCUGCAGGAGCACCUACAGGUCGAUUUCUCUCUUAUUUGCCCUUCUGACUUCAGUAAACUCAUUAAGUCUUCCUCAGUUGAAGCACCCUUCCUUCCCAGGAAUAGUGUCUCCUGUAACUCAAGAGUCUUCCAAUAUUUCAUCCGUUCUCCAGUCACUGUCUCUUGUGAUGAAAAUGAAGUGAGAGUUGCAUUUCCAAGCAGUUUUGACAUGGAAAAAUGGCAACCUUCUGUGGUGGAUACCUCUGGUGUUGAAAUUUUGAACUGCACUUAUACUCUGGACUCAGAAAAGCUCCUCAUGAAAUUUCCUUAUGAAAACUGUACUACAAGAACAUUUGGUGGGUACCAGGUGACCAUCAGGGUCCAGGACAAUAGUACUGAAGAGGACGUGCAUCAUUUCUCCUGUCCACUUAAGAAAAUGGAGAUCCACGAGCGUUCAGAAGUCAUAGUCUGCAUGGAGGAUUUUGUAUCUUUUUCCUUCCCCUACGUUUUCUCUAAGUUGGCUGAUGAUGAUCAGAAAAAUGCUUCUGAGACGGGAUGGAUUGUUAAUCUUGGCAAUGGUACAAGAGUCCACAGACUGCCCCUGAAGGAUGCCUUAAGACAAGGAUUUAAUUUUCUGAUUGACACCCGGAAAAUAACCCUCGAAGUCCCAUUCAAUGCUACUGGAGUCGGUCACUAUGUGCAAGGGAGAAGUCAUCUCUAUACUGUGCAACUGAAGCUCUUGUUCUCAAUUCCUGAGCAGACGGUCACCUUCACCUCACAAGCUGUCUGUGCAUCAGAUCUUUCUGUGGCUUGCAAUGCUACACACAUGACUCUCACCAUACCAGAAUUUCCUGGGAAGCUAACGUCUGUGGACUUUGGAAAAAGCAGCAUCCCCGAGAUGCAAUGGCAUGCCAAUGGGAUCGACAAAGAAGCAACAAAUGGCUUGAGACUGCAUUUCAGAAAAACUCUCCUGAAAACAAAACCCUCUGAAAAAUGUCCACCCUAUCAGUUCUACUUCUCCUCACUCAAGCUGAACUUUAGCCUUCAGCCACACCUGGUGUCCUUGGUGAUUGAUCCUGAGUGCCAUUGUGAGUCACCAGUCUCUAUAGUUGCAGAUAAACUGUGUACACAGGAUGGCUUUAUGGACUUUGAGGUCUACAGCCACCAAACAAAACCUGCUCUGAACCUGGAGACCCUUGUCGUGGGAAACUCUUCCUGUCAUCCUAUCUUCAAGUCUCAGUCACAGGGCCUUCUACGGUUCCAUAUACCUCUGAAUGGAUGUGGAACAGGACAGAAAUUUGAAGGUGAUAAAGUCAUCUACGAGAAUGAAAUACAUGCUCUCUGGAAAAAUCUACCACCAAGCAUCAUAUUUAGGGAUAGUGAAUUCAGAAUGACAGUGAGGUGUUAUUACACCAGAGACAGUGUGCCACUAAAUGCCGAUAUCAAAAGCCUUCUUUCUCCAGUGGCCUCUGUGAAGCCAGGUCCACUGAUGUUGGUCCUGCAAAUCUACCCAGACAAAUCCUACCAGCAACCUUAUAGGAAGGAUGAGUACCCUCUAGUGAGAUACCUCCGCCAGCCAAUCUACAUGGAAGUGACUGUGUUGAACAGGAAUGACCCCAGUAUCAAGCUGGUCUUAGAUGACUGCUGGGCAACAUCUUCUAGCGACCCAGCCUCUGUCCCACAGUGGCACAUUGUCGUGGAUGGCUGUGAAUAUGAACUGGACAACUACCGCACUACCUUCCAUCCAGCUGGCUCCUCUGUGGUCCAUCCUGCUCACUACCAGAGGUUUGAUGUGAAGACCUUUGCCUUUGUGUCAGAGGCACAGGGGCUCUCUAGCCUGAUCUACUUCCACUGCAGUGCCUUAAUCUGCAACCCAGAGUCCCUUGACUCCCCUCUGUGCUCUGUGACUUGCCCUGCACCAUUGAGGAGCAAACGAGAGGCCAUCCAAGAAGAUACAAUGACAGUUAGCCUCCCAGGACCCAUUCUCUUGCUGUCAGACGACUCUUCACUUAAAGAUACUAUGGUCCCCAACAGGCAUGAGAUUGCCAAGGAUACUGCUUCUAAAACAGUAGCUGCCAUGGCUGCAUUAGUGGGUUCAGUGGUGAUUGUUGGCUUCAUCUGUUACCUGCAUAAGGAAAGAACUAUGAGGUUGGAUCAUUGAUUGGACUUGCAAAUAAAGAGGCUGUGGUAGAA